AGGCUCAGCAGCAGCUCAGCCCACCUGAACCUGGGAAGCAGGAUGCAGCCAUUCCAUCUGACCUAAGCACCCCAGCCUCAAAGGAGCAGGGCCAGCAGCACCGCAAGCAGUCCUGGAGCAGAGUACAAUCUCAGCAUUACAGCCAGGUGUCCCAGCAGACCAGCUACCAGCCAGGGGACCAGCAGCACCCACAGCAUGCUCACAUGGCACACCACCCACAGCCACCUCAGCCACAGCACCCACAGACUCAGCACCAGCAGCAACAGACAUUGCCUACACAGCAGCAGCAGCAGCAGCAGGCUCCUCCCCAGCAGCAACAGCAGCAUCUGCAACCACAGCCCCAACCACACCACCAGCACCCACCCCAGGCACACCAGCAGUCCUCCCAGCAGCUGCCACAGCCACAGCAAGCUCACCAGCAGUCACCACAACAGCAGCAGCAGUCUCAACCACAACCACAACCACAGCCACAGCCACAGCCACAGCCGCCCCAGCAGCAGACACAGCACCCACCCCAGCCCCAACCCCAGCCCCAACAGCGGCCAUCGCAGCAGCAAGGCUACCCUGCUUGGCCGGGAGGUGUUGGGCCAGGCUACUCCGGGCCAGGGGGUCAAUACUCCUAUGGCUACUCUCAGGGCAACAGUGUUCAGACCUCUACAGGAAGCUCACAUUCCCAGUCACCCCUUGCUGCUCACAAAUCCUCAAGUUAUCACCCAAUGCAGAACAACUUCACAGGACCGUACGGGGGAUCACCGGGCGCCGGGUACCCCCCCGAGCUGGCCAACAGAGGUGGGCCGGGACAGCAAGGUUAUGCACAGAACCUGUGGUAUGCCUCUGGAGGUGGACGCCUUGACUCCAAGUCGGGUUGGAACCUGUGGAGCAACCAAGUCCACCAGCCACCAGGAUUCCCUCAGUCAUACAGCCCUUACUCUUAUUCCACCCCUGGCCAGCAGCCACAGAAGGCACAGUUGUCAGGACAGCUGCAGCAUUCACAGUCUUCACAGAAAACCCCACAGCAAGGUCCAGCACCACUGCAGCACCAACCACAGCCACAGCCCUCACAGCCACUGCACCAGUCCCAGCUCAGUCACUUGCAGGCACAGGCACCUCAGCUCCAGCAGCAGUCUCACCCAGCACAAGCUCCCACUCCUGCUCCACCCACCCAACAACAGCCACUCCCUCAGAGCCAGCCAGCCCCACCACAGGCACAGCCUCCACCCACCCAAACCCAGCCACCACCCUCUCAAACCCAGCAAACUCCUCCACAGACUCAACCCACUGCUACCCAGACCCCACCACAGCCACAGCCACAGCCUUCCCUCACCCAGACACACCCACAAGCCUCCCAGACCCAGCCACCCUCCCAUGCCCAACAGCCAUCACCUCUCCCAACACCACACACUCAGAACCAGCUGCCACCCACACAUACCCAACAGCCAUCUCCACUACCCCACCAGGCUUCCCAGACUCAGCAGCUGUCUCCUCUCCCUCAGCAGACUAUCCCUCAUACUCAGCAACACUCCCCACUCGCCCAGCAGUCUCCCUUCCACACUCGACAACCAUCACCACUCUCUCAGCCACCCUCCCUUACCAUUCAGCCACGUCCUCUGUCCCAGCAGUCAGCCUUGCGUGCUCAGUCCCCUUCCAUGCAGGUCCAGCAGUCCUCCCCACAGACUCCACAGCCACCUUCCCUGCCCAGCCAGCAACUACCUGUCCCAGCAAAGCAGUCGUCACAGACCUCACAGACACAACAUCCACAGUCAUCCCCGCUGGCACAAUCCCAGCAGCCACCCCUCUCCCCACCACAGCUCUCCCAGGAGUCACCCAAUCCUCCUUGUGAACUCCAGCUGCAUCCUCCUCCUCAUCCUCCUGAGUUGGAGCCACAGGUCACUCUGCCAGUUGAAAAGCAACCCAAGAAAGAAUUACCAAAGGAGGAGGUGGUGCCACAGAAGCCAUCACCACCAGAGCAGCAGCAGCAGCAGCAGUCAUCUGAGAAGCUUGAGAAGCCUGAGAAGCCUGAGAAACCUGAGAAACCUGAGAAACCUGAGAAACCUGAGAAACCUGAGAAAACAGUCAAAGAACCCAUCAGUAGUGUGAGCAAACCAGUGAAGGCAGAGGAUACUCCCAGCCAGAAGGAAAGCCAACCUGUGACUAACAAUACUCUUCCAAAGAAACCAGUUUAUAAAAUUGGUCCUAAAAGUAAGACACUAGCCGCUAAGCAGUAUAGUCAGAUAGAUGACCUGGAUAAUUACAAGUGCACCAUAACUGUGCAUGAAAAUGGUUCGGUGAAUGGAUACGGCAUCCAGCCCACUCAUCCCCUUGCUGUGAAGUCCAAUUCCAGUCCAGGUGACUCUUCAGACAGUGAAGUAAAUAGUGAAGAUGGUUCCCCAACCUUUGCACAGCUCAGACCAGCAAAGCGUCGUCGGAAAAGUCAGACUCUUGAGGGAGUGUUCAUCGGGCCCAAGCGGGUGAAGCAGGCGCGCAUCGUACGGGAACGGCAGGAGCGCCGCAACAGGAGCCUUCAGGAGCAGCUGCGGCAGACCGAGCUGGAGGAAGAGAUUCAGGCCAUAAGAAUAGAAAAGUCAAGCGAGGAAGAUGGUCCACUUGGCAACAUGCUGGUGCAGUCAUCAAUAAUCCUGGCAGAUUCUCAGAUGGAGGAGCAAGACAACGUAGAGCAAUGCAUUGCUUCCAUCAAAGCUCAUCAACUUGGCGUUAAUUCUUCAGACAUCAGUAGUGAUUUAGAAAAUGGUGAUAAAUUGAAUGCAAGUUCCCCAGGACAGGUGGCUGGGAAGAGAUCCAAGAGAUCUCACACCAGUAAAGUUUUUCACAAUGAUAAUUCUGUCAUCAUUAAGCAUCUGCCACCUACAGUGCAAAAAAGGAAACUUAGAGCUAAAGAUUUUAAGUGGAGCCAUUACAUCAAAUCAAUGAGAUACUGGUGUAGUGAUUGUGCUCAUGGGUUUAGAAACCAGAGAGAGGUAGCUUCUCACACUGAAGAUAAGUGCAAGUGGAAUUGUCUCUACAUGCUGGAGUGUUACGUCAUCGUUAAGGACGCGCAGUACCAUGCACACUACGGACCAAAGGUUCAAGAGCUCCUGGAAGAGUACCAGGUGGAUGGACAACACAAGUGCAAGACUUGUGGAGAGAUUAUAGCCCGUAAAGCAGACUUCCUGGUGCACGUGGACUCCCACAAAGACUUCAUGCCCUGGGAGUGCACCAUCUGCGGCACGCGCUUCAAGAUCCGGGGCUCCCUCAAGGAACACCUGCGAUACACUCACAUGAAGGGCCGUGUGCCUUGCCUCAAGUGCAACAAGGUGUUUCCCACUUCCACACUUCUGAGACAGCAUGUCAAGGUGCACACUCAACACUACAAGUACAAAGCCACUAAGAAUCGUGACGAGGAAUUGAAAGCGGCCAUGGAAGCCACAGCCGGCGCUCUUGAGGCCAGUGCAGAGGCUGUGGAGGAGGAGGCUGAAAAGCUUUCUGAUGAGGCCAAUGAGUACAGGAGCUGGUGUAAGCUGAUGGAGCUAAAUGCAAUGAAGAACAUUGGUGCCAACUCAAAUACUCCUCCCUCUGAGGAAAAGAAGAAAAGUGGAGCCACUCCUAGUUAGUGUUGGUUUUAAGUGCUAGGCUAACAGUGAUGUGAGUGUGCAUGUGAUGGAGGAGCUUACUGGAGGAACACAGCCAUGACACAGUCCUCAGUCCAAGUUAGAUUUAUAAAUGUAUGGCUCAUUACCCCUCAGGAAGGGACUUGUUUUGUGUACACUAUGAGGAACUGAAAACAUAGUGUGGAUUCCUUUACAGAUGCUGAGGCAGAAGUGAGAGUAUUAUUAAAAGACUGUAUAGUGUUUAGUUGCACCCCAUUAGAAAGUGUCAGAAAGAAGUUGUUAGAGGUACAUAAGAUGUAGAAAAGAUUAUCUUUCAGUUGAUGAAAACCGGAAGAGCAAUAAUAUUAGUAUUAAUGUGGUACUGUAAUAGAAGGCACUUAUGUCCUAUGAAUGUCAAGAAAAUUACUAUUGAAAAUGCAUUUCAGAAUUAUGUAAUGCACAAGUUUUGGACAUUCUAUAUUUUAAAUCUAUUCACCUUGGUGCAGUACAUGUACAUUGAUACAAGACUCAAGUGUUCAACAACCAUGCAUGCGUACACACACACAUGCACCAUCAUAUAUAUAUAUAUAUAUAUAUAUAUAUAUAUAUAUAUAUAUAUAUAUAUAUAUAUAUAUAUAUAUAUAUAUAGUUGUAUAUGUGUGUGUUCGUUAGGGUGCAUAUAUGUAUAUGUAUGCUUUGGUGCAACAGAGAAGGCACAUCUAUCCAGAGAUGAAUAAGAGAGAUCCCAUCACUGGACAGUCUGCCUUUGUACCUCUGAGUGCCAUAGAACUGUGAUUGUGGUGCAGUACUUGGUGCAUGGGUCCAUAUUGGACUUUAAAACACUCAUACUCAAGGUAAAGGUAGGGCUGGAUGUUUUAUAUGGCACAGGAAUCUCAAUAAGAUUGGCCAUGCUCGUCUCCAAGACAAAUGUGUGGGUGACUUCCUGUUUAUAGCAGCUUCAUAUCACAUGUUUGUACAUAUUGACAGUGUGUGAGUAGUUUAUGUAAGUAUGUGACCACCAGUGUUGUGCUUUGUUUGUGUAAUUAAUUAUAGAUAUUUAAAGUGUUCAAAGUUAGGGACUAACUUAGAUUUUUUAUUUGUACUUAUGAUUGUUUUGUACUACAAUAUAAUUUGGGAUUUAUAGCCUUUUUUCUGUAAUAUAGUUGUGAACUGAAAGCAUUUACAUUUCAUGCAGAUUUUAUGUAUCUGCAUAUAGCAUUUAUGAACUGCAGGUAAUUUGCUUUUAGAUAUGUUGCCUAUGCUUAUAGCUGCUAUUAUCUAAUGCUAGAUACAAGUGUACAGGUGCAAUGUAAGUACCUCGGUGCUGUGCUUCUUGGCUACUGUUGGUUACAGAGCAAACAGGGUGACUUACGUUAGACGUUAUAAAGUUUUAUCAGGUUAAUUUUUAUUUCUACACUAUUUGAUAAAAGUAUUUAUUUGCUUGGCUGACAGUUACAGGCAGUGUACUCAUCCUGCCUGGCUUCUUGUGGGAGGAUGAAUGGUGUUGUGUGUGUGAGGCUUGUGACUCUUUGUGAUGACCUGCUGUUGUUGUCUGUGAGGAUGAGAGCACUCUGGUGGUAGGUGUGACAGCGAACUACGACAUAGAUCUGUUGACAGGAGGGACGAAAAUGAUCCGUGACAAGAUGGCGAUUCAGUACUUUAUGUUGUUAUUAUUAUUAUUAUUAUUAUUAUUAUUAUUAUUAUUAUUAUUAUUAUUAUUAUUAUUAUUAUUAUUCCAUUCACAGUAAUUGACAUCAGUUUGAAAACUUGUUCCUUGGUACUUAAAUAUGUAGGUACUCUUUUUGUUUCCUUCAUCAACCUUCAACUCAUUGAAUGUUUUGUUUAGACGAGAGGGACCUGUAUCAUACUGAUCACAUGUGUAACAGUGUUGGCACACUAUGAGGUCUUUGGUAAUAUAUUAGGGAAACAGGGUUUGCGCUUGGUGUCAGUAUUUGGUUUGUGUAGUGAUGUUUGGGGCAUUCAACACUGGGGAGUGACAUUGGAGUGAUGUGUGAUGUGAUGCAGCUUUGAUGUAGAGAAGUCUUUGUGAUGAGACUGUAACAAUACUGAACAGCUAACACAUGCUAAUUAUUAAGUGUAAAGGACAUUAAUAUAUAUAUGUAAGUGAACCAGAUACCAAGAAUGCUUGAAUGUUACUGUUCUUGCAUUAGCUGGUCCUUAUCAGACUCAUCUGUGGACUCAUCUUGUAAAGUUCAUCUUGGGAAUCUUCAGAAAGACACCUGUCUCAUAAAUGCUAGUCAUAAGCUGUGUGUGUGUGUGUGUGUGUGUGUGUGUGUGUGUGUGUGUGCGUGCGUGCGUGUGUGUGUGUGUGUGUGUGUGUGUGUGUGUGUGUGUGUGUGUGUGUGUGUGUGUGAAUAAUGUAAUAGUUAUAAAAAACAAAAAAACAAUAAUGAGCUGAAAAUAUUUGUAACCUUUGCUAGUGUUUUCCAGGAUCAGGAUUCAUUGUUGUUUGUGAGAUGAAAGUUAUCAGUUCUAUUUCCUUGAGGUGAGUGGAGGACUGUAGGAAUGUUUGAUGUGUGGCUGCACCAACAUUAAUACUCCUAAAUACCUUUCUUGCAAAAAUUCAUGUUUUGUUUGUGUUAAUAUUAUUAUUGAUUUUACACAUCACCUAUUUGAUAUUAGUUACCUUGAAAAACUGGGCAUUAACUUACUGUUUUAUGUAGGUUUAGUCGUAACAGAUUUGAUCUAACCGUAGUCUUUGCACCAUUGCUCAGUCAUGCCUUUGUUUCACUGUUCUCAGCAUCCCUGCUGUUGGCACCAUAAAUUCAGAAUUAUUUCAAUAGUUUAUAAGGUUGUGCCAAUUGGAUUCGGUGAAUUUUAAAACUUUUUUGUUUACAAAAAAAUAGUAUUAAUACUAGGGCAUUUCUACUUUUGUCUGUGAAGCGCCAACAUUAUGAUGUGAUGGCCAUGCUCAUUACAGAACCACCUGUAAAGCUCACUUAGUCAUGAGGCAUGAUGGCUCACAUAGCAUGUAGGACACUGCCCAUCAUCAUCCACCACCACUUAGAGCAAAUUAAUUACAUACUCAGUUUUCCUCUCUCUUCAAUUUUGCUAUUGGUGCUCAAUAAUAUUUUUUUAUGCUCCUUGUACUUGUUUUACAUAAGAAUUACUGUAAAAUUAGAAAAGAAUUGGCUUGAAAUAGAACUUGAUUAGUAUUAUAGUCUUAUAAGCAGUUUUGUGUCAACAUUCCAUGUAAGGGCAGUUACUCUUCACAUUUACAGUUUUUUGAUCAAGAAGAAUGAAGUAUCCAGAAAGUAUAUAUCUGCCUUUACAGCCAAAAUUUCUUUGUAUUUGCUCAUGACUUGCCUUAGUUGGAAGCUGGCAGCUGAGUGCUAUGUGUGUAAAGCUGCACAUUAAGGUAAAAGAUGUAUCUAAACUUCAUGCCUCCACAUCACACUAAAGACAAGAAACCUAUCAAUGAAUGGAAAUAUAACUGACAAUAUUUUUAAGGAAUACUUCACCUGGUAACAUGAAACCAUAACAUGAGUGAGCUGUGUUGGUAUCCAUGUGUUUGUGACGCUCACCUGUGGCGUGUGGUGGUUGUGGGUUCCUGUGAGAUUGUGUAAAGGAAGCUGCAUCUCUUAAUGACUGUAGUGUCUGUCUGUAUGUAAUGUUUUUGAGUGUGGGAGUUCCAAAGCAGCUUUAGUAUAUACAUUUAUAUCUUAUGUGGCUACUUAUUUCAUGACAAAAAGCAAGUGGCAGCUAAUCAACUCGAAUUACAUGGUGCAGAACUCAAACUGCAAACAUAAGGCAAAGUAUCCUGGGAGUUUAUUCAGACAAGGUUGUUAUUUGUAGUGUUCAGUGUACUUUAACUCAGCAAGGGAAACAUUAACAUUUGCCUUGUUUAGAUAAUACAAGACAUUCAUUCAAGUAAUGGCUAACAAAUGUGGGAAUGAGUUCAUAGAUAUCGCAAUGAAUGGCUGAGUGCAGAACACGCUGGUACCAAGUGUGAACCCUGUUUUGUCUGCUUCUUCUUGUCUGUCGCUACAACACUGCUCUCUCUAUGACUGUUGGUGCUAUCCCUAUACAUAAUUUUUACACAGGAUGUGGUUAGAACCUUCACAAGUGUGUUGCCAAAUGACUUACAUCCUUGGCAUUAAGUCUUCUAAGUUCUAAGUAAUUUCUUUUUUAGGCAUUAGCACUUUGUCCUCACUUUUGGAGGCUGUCCUCAGCUAUUUUAACAUAAGUUUAUUUUGGUAAUUUUUCAAAGGAUAUACUGAUGUUAGAAUGAGAUGAGCAUUGCAAGUGAAUGGUGCCGAAGUGCAUGUUUUCAUGUUGAAGAAUCUCCUAGCUACUUGCAAGUACAAUAUUUUAUUUAGCUAUCAGGAAUUUGGUUGAUUGUUUUUGUAAUGUUUAUUAUUUUCAAGUUAGCGGAAUGUGUUGGUUGGUGUUGCACUACUAAGUGUUAUUAAUUUUUACAUGCUCAAUGUGUUUAUUAUUGUUUUUUUAUUAUUGGGCUUCCAUUUUGUUGUUUUGAGAUUAUUGAGGAGGUGAGUGAGAGUUGCUGAAUAGGGCUUGAUGGAUUGGUGACGUGUUACCUGAGAAAUAUCACAAUCACAGUUACAUCUAAGGACAGGAUAUGCUGCUAAAGUAUGAUAUUAUAAAAUUAAGCAACAGAGACAAUAUUCAGUGUGCUUAUUCAUGGACAUAUUUAUUAUCAUCAGAAACAUUGCAGCUACUUUAGAUGAAAGUGAAAGUAUAGUUUUUAAAAGUGUAAGAUAAAUGGUUUCUUGAGUCUUGGAUAAUCCUGAGGUCUUCCUAAAGUAUCAUCAGCAUCAGACUUCCAGAUGUUGCUGCAGAAUCAUGAUAGGAUCAGCUAAUGAUGACUUAAGAAAGCUUCCUCGUGUAUUUUGACAUACAACAAUCCUGUUUUUAUUCUGAUCAUUUCUCUGAAUCAGAUCAUUUUCCUUUUUCUAAUGCUAUUCUGAAUCAACUUAGGAGUAACUUCAUGGACAAUUUUCUACUUAAAACGAAUUGACAAUUUUACCCCAUUUAGUGGUGUGUAACAUAUGAAUGCAUAUACGUAUAUACAUAUAAUUUCCUCGGUAUUGUGAAAGAAAUAUAUCAUGAUGGAUCAAUAUUGUGGAAAUGUCUUCUUAACUUCCCUCGACUUCGUUCCCAGCAGUUUUGUAAGACUAAGAGGUGGCCGGUGUGCGUGAGCUCCUCGAAAAGGUUGUGUGGCAGGUCUGUCGUGGAUUAUUUUAUAACAUCGUAGUGUUGACCUUUUUAAUGUUUUACUAGUGUCACAAGAUACUCUAUUUUGUUAUACUCAUGUGCAAGUUUUAUCUUUUUGAAAUAUUUGUUUUUAAGUGAUCUACGUAUUACUUUUUAUUAUCAUUAUCAUUAUAAUUACUAUUAUUAUUAUUAUUCCUAUUAUAAUUAUUAUUAUUAUUAUUAUUAUUAUUAUUAUUGUCAAGAUGCAUGUGUUAAGAUUGCAUUACUGGGGUUGGUGUGGGACUCAGUACUUCUUUUCUAUUGCAGUCCAUAUUAUGUCCAAAAUUUGUUACUGAGGGAAAAGACGUGGAGUUUGACAAGAAGUGAAUACCAUGUUGUUUUCUGUGUUUUCUUGUGCAAUAUGCUAGUAGGAUAAUCAAGCAACAAUUGAUAUCCGAAAGUUGUUUCUACCGUAGAAUGCUUGUUACAUUUGUUAUAAUUUUGUUUUAUACAUUGACUAAUUGUAGUAACUGUGCUAAUUGUAACGCAAUAUUCUCUGAUAGGUAUGUUCUGUUGAUUUUUGUUAUUCAGUUUAUUACAUUACAUUUUCUGUUUAUGCAAAUACGAACCAGAAUGUAAUUGGUAGUGAGUCCUGUCGGUGGGGCCUACAGACGUCUUCAGAAUGUGUGUUGCAUCUCCUCCAUCCAUUGGGUGUAUGUAUGUCUGUGUGUAUGCCUUUGUGUGGGGCAGGGUGGUUAGAGGCAGAAGGAGCUGAAAACCCUUGGGGGACAGUCCUGGCACUGGCACUGGCAUUUCUUGGAUCUGUUGUUGUAUCCUUCAAUCCAGACUAUCAAACAGGUACAUGAGCGCCUUGUGUAAAACAAACUAGCUAACUCUUAGGUUACCAGUCUCUUGGUGCUGAUGCUGGACACAUUAAUCUGUCUCGAGGUACAACAUGCCGUGUGGGGGAUCUGCUUAGGUCAAUGUCAUUUCUGUUUGAUUUAUGACCAGUGGAGAAGUUGAAGGGGGGAGGGUGAGGGAAAAGCCACUAAACUUCAAGAUCUCAAUGUAUGUUUUUUUCUCUCUUUUGCAUGAACAAAACUGACAAAGAAGGAAAUUCCUUGCAUGCGUGUGUGUGUGAAUGAGCGAGUGCAUGGGCGAGUGACUGGACAGUAAUGGCUAGAGAAAAUUUCACGGAGGUCUAAUGCAUACUGUGUAGUAUUUUUGUAUAUGAAGAUUCGCCUACUAGUUUGUGAAAUGUGUAUUGAUUUGUUGCAAUUUUUUUUUUUCCAGUAAGCAAGUUGAGCUCUACACAGUGCUGCUUUGGGUGGAACUUAUCAAUUGGUUUUUCAUUGUAUUAGCUCUCAAACAAAAUAAUACAAAAGAAACAAAAAAAAAAUGUAAAGGGUUCUGUGAUAGUGGGAUAAGCACAAAGGGCUUUUUUUCAGUGGUUUGAAUUCAAAACUGUGAUAUUAGUCUAUAUUUAUUUAAUCUCCAUUUGUGUUCAUGGAUCCCCUCUUAAUGGUUUGGGUCCUGUUAACAAAGUUGCCAGCUCGAAUGUUUGCGUUGAUCCACCCGACCACACCUGUGUAGUGCCCCAUGCAGCUCUGGGACCCCCUGUAGCAAUGUACAUUCAAGUCCAGACUGUUUUUGUACCUGCGUAUGAAAAUAAAGCUGCUGUCAACUA